AACUUAACGGAUCCCCAGUGGAAUGUGAGGGGACAACAGCCUAGCAGAACAGCGAGGGGAAUAGUCGCAGCCACACCCAGGGACAUGGAGGACCAAGAUGGCAUCCCAGCCUGCUAGUGGUCACUGCAUGUUACAGAGAUGUAAGCAGCCCCUCAGCUGGAGCCAGUGUCACUUCUGGUGAGAUCCAGGUUUUUGGACGCAGCCCUUCAAACGAUUGAGUGGGUGAACAGAAGAUGGAGACACAAUUAAGCAGAUAUUGCAAAGAGGAGGAUAUGUUUAAUGGAAGCAAGCUGUCAGGGUCUUGCAAUAACCAGUCCCAACCAAAAAUAUUUACCCUUGGGACUGGGUCAUCAGAUUCCAGUUCUGCUCUCACAGUGGAAAAUUUGAAAAGGCUGGAAGAGGAAUAUGCAGCUUCUAAAGAAGCCUUCAAAAUGCAGAGAGUACAAGAUUAUAUUGAACAGACUGAUCUUGCUCUCUUCAACAAAGAGACAAGUAGGAGAACCAACAGAGAUUUUGUCUGUGAUGCAGAGCCUGAAGGAAUCUCUUCAUCUCCUCCUGCAAAACAAGAAAAAACUACAACUGAGGUUCCUGAAAGAUCCCCGAAGAAAGGAAAGAUAUAUUACACAGCACCGGCAACAUGUUCUCUGCCAGCUCAGCCCACAGGACCUGUGCCGAAGGAAUCCAAGCUGCUCUUCCGGCUGGGGAGGAAAAGGAGGUCUGAUUCUCCAGCCACAAUAAAUCAGCAUAAUACCACCCUUCACACCACCGACACUGCUGCAGCAACACAGAUUUACACCAGCUGGAGACGUAGCUCACUCCUUUAUAAGGCUGUUUCAAUAACAGGAGAGGAGAAUAAGAGCUCAGAGGCAGCGGGUGGCAGGAGCAGCCUUAAGCCCACAGAUGAUCAGUGGCAGACUGUUGGGAGUGGAGCAAGUCCAGGGAAAUCCAUGACUGGAAAUGCUGCUGGAUGCUGGGUCCCUGUGACACUGGGUCUCACCUAUACCAAUGGGACCAUUGUCAUUGUGAUCUGGGAGCCUGUUGAGCUUGCCCGAGGGAGUUCAGUGCCAGAGUCAGGUGAGGAGUCUCUAUCCAUGGGAGGAGAACAUGACGAUGAUGGAGAGUCACUGCCCUCUGCACAGGCAAGUUGCUCUUCAUUCUUCCCAGAGAAGCAGGUGCACUGUCAUUCUUCUGAGCCCAGAAGACAAUGUUAUGCUGAUGGACAGAUGUUUUUUCUCCUGUUCCAGGAUGGAACUGGUCAGGUUUACUACACAUUGGGCAACGUGGCUGUUUUCAUCACAUUCACCAAGGAAGGCCUGUUCACCUAUUGCAUGCAGAACAGCAGGUACCCAGGGCUGAGGACUGCCUCUGGGAGCCGUGGUCACAGGGUCUGCUCCCACCCUGAUGGCCACCUCUGGCCACCCUGGACCCAUGCACAGGGAUCUACUUUGGACUUGGCAAGGACCAGUCAGAAGCUCUGGAAGUGGCAUGACUUCAGACACCACUCUCACAGUCCUCCUUUGCAGUCCAUCCCCAGGAAACUGAACUGCCAGGUCACCAUUAAAACCCUGGCUUAAGGUGAAGUUGACUUAGUGUUCCCCAGCCACAGCAAUUGUGUCUGCUUCCAUGUGGGGUCCCUGCUCAAGCUGAAAGACCCAGAAAAAAGUCACCUACUGAAGUGGCCAGAAAGCAAAGACAAGCUCAUCCUUCAGUAUAAAAAGAUUCAGCUCAGGAGCCUGCCGUCCAAAAAUCAGACAAUGUUGCAAUACUUUUGGCAAUCCCUUUCUCACUGA